AUGACUGCGCUUCUACGCGCCGCGCCUACCGACAGCAUCUUUGAGCAACGCGACCCUAUGGAGCGCUCGCACACGCUCGAUCCUGAUGGGGACGUGGUGCUUGUCCUAGAAGAUACGAAUCCAGCUUUUGCCCUGUGGGAUAAAUGCACCACCGCCGGGCUUCAGGAACUUAACCGGUGGCGAGCACACAAGACUCACAUCAGUCUCGUGGAAUUUGAUUUCGGCAUUCAAGGCAGGACCAAAAGCAGAAGGCAGCUUCAGGAAAUUGAGCAAAAGGGACAAGAGAAAGAAGAAGAGGCAAGAAGAGUCGAAGUCUCCAACGGUGUUUUGGGGUCCAUAUCAGCGAAGCCAGCAGACUUUGAGCGAGCUUCCCCGAGAGCGACCGUUAGCUUUCACCGAGCGGGGCCCACAUCCGCCGACAAGACGGCCGUGGAGCUGUUUGCUUCUGUCACACAUGACCAGCAUCAGCUUUCAGCCAGCAGUGCGCCCCUGCACUUACUUUAG